AAAUCUAAAAACUUCCCCAAAACAGUUGGUCAAAAUGUUCAAAUAAGAAGAGUUUUGUUUGAGAAUAACCUGAUCUGGAAUCAUCAUUCAUUGCAUGACAUAAUAUAACUGGAAUCUGCAGAAACUCAAGCUGAGGAUAUGGCUUCAAUCAAGUCCUGGUUUAAAAGAACGUUUUUCAAGAAACGAGAAGGAGAUCACAGGCAAAGUAAUUCAGAAAAAACAGAAAAUAAUGCAGACAAACAAGAAGAAUCUAGACCAGGAUGUAGUACUGUACAAGAAGUAAGACCUAUAGGAGAAUGCAAAGAUUAUGCGAAUAUGGGUCCAAACACUACUGGGGGCCAUGCAUAUCACGGUGGUGUAAACAUGGAUAAUGAACCCACAUUGGAGAGACCAGACCAUAAAGAAGACUGUGAGAGUGAGAGUAUUGGAAAUGCGAGUUUGAGAAGUUCAUUAAAUUCAGCAGAAAACACAAACAGAGAAUCCAUGUCUGAGGCUGAGAGCUUUGAAAAAUGUGCCCAUGAAAAUGAGAGUUUGGAUGAGUCAUUAGAGUCAAUGGCAACAGAAGCAAAACCAUCUUCUGAUCAAGAUAACAAUGUGACAUCUGAUCAUGAGGCAAGCAAUAAUUUGAUCAAACAAGAAGGUAAUGAGUUAGUAACACAGUUGCAGCAGCCUGUUGAAAUAUCAAAUCGCUUUGUCAAUAAAGAUGAGACCGAUAUGCAGCAACUUCAGUGGAAAAAGGCUGCUGUCUCUGAAGAGUACUACAAAGUACUACAUGUGCAUGCUCAAGAACAAGCACAGUCAAAAGUUGAGCCUUUAGUUUCAGGUGUUUUGUUGAACGAGAAAUUGAAAAGUAUAAUUUCUCUGAAGCUUGACGGAAGAAGUUCUGUCCUAGCAAACUGGGAAAACCUUGCUUGUGAGCUCGAUGCACCUCCUAAUAUCAAAGCACAGUGUAGAAGAACAACCAUGGAAAGCCCAACAGAACUGCUGUUUGAAUCUUUUAACAGCUGGAGACACACAGAAAACCUUACUGUUAAUGAAGUAAUAGCAUUUCUUAAUGAAAUGAAAAGAAAAGAUGCUGUUGAAGUCAUAGAGAAAGCUAUUCCAGCACAUCAGAGAGAUUGCCAAGUGA